AGUUUUUUUUGUGUGCGUUGUAAAAAAGUCAUGGAGCUUUUAGAAAUAAACAAUAACAUUACAUAUCCAUUGGUGGAGUCUAAUAAUGGCCUAACAGUGAACUCAAUCGUAAAAAUAAAUUGCUCCAUGACCUAUGAUCAUUUUUUUUCUCAACACCUUCUGAAAAAUCAACCCUGUGUCAUCGAGAAAGGAAUUGUAAACAAGUGGCCAUGUGCGCAGCAAUGGAGUCUUGAUGACGCGCCAAAUUUUCAAUAUUUAAGACAAUUUUAUGGUAAUUAUCAAGUUCCUGUUGCAAAUUGCAAUAUAAAAUACUACAAUGCACAGCUAAAAGACGCUAUGACAUUAAAUCAAUUUUUAAACUACUGGGAAGAAUUUAAGAGCAAAAAUUAUCCCAAAGAAAUGCUUGUAUUAUAUUUAAAAGAUUGGCACUGUCUAAAAGCUAAUCCAAAUAGUAUAUUUUAUACGGUUCCUAAAUAUUUUGCAUCAGAUUGGCUAAACGAAUAUUAUUUAGCUCACCCUGAUCUAAAUGAUGACUAUAUGUUUGUCUACAUGGGGCCUAAAGGAUCAUGGACACCUCUACAUGUCGAUGUCUUCAAGUCAUAUAGUUGGUCAGCAAAUAUUGUAGGGAAGAAACGUUGGUUAUUAUUUCCUCCAGGAGAAGAGAAUAAUCUUUGUGAUGCUCGUGGUCAUCUCGUCUAUGAUGUCGAUAAUUUGGAAUACAAUAAAGUUCUUAAUAAUAACAAAUAUUUAGAAAUCAUUCAAAAUCCUGGUGAAAUUGUUUUUGUCCCUUCUGGCUGGCAUCAUCAAGUUUGGAAUCUAGAAGAUACUAUUUCUAUAAAUCAUAACUGGAUAAACGGCUGUAAUAUUCUUAAUGUCUGGAUGGAAUUGAAAAAUGCUCUAAAAUCUGUAAUGAAAGAAAUUGAAGACUGUUUGAGUAUGGAGAAUUGGCUUUCUCAUUGCCAAAUAAUUUUAAAAGCAUCUCACGGAAUUGAUUAUCAACAAUUCUAUGAUUUUUUAUCUUUCAUAAUUGAAAAACGUUUGAAUGCAAUAAAUAAACAAAAAGAUUGCACUAUUUUUGAUACUUGGAAAUUUGGUAGAAAUCAUCUGUUAUUUGAUCUUGAUAGAGCCAAGGAAGUAUUAAAUAAUUUAAUUGUAGAUAGUAAAGAAAAAAAUAUUUAUGAUAUAGUCUUUUGUGAAUCAAGGCCUGAAAAUUUAUUAGAUCGUGUUGAAUCAAUACUAAAAUAUCAAAACAUCUACUCUUUACCAAAUUACAAUGAAAAUUAAGAUGUGACAUUUAUAAUUAAUUAGGGCCUAUAAUAAACCAUAAUGAA